GCCCGCGCGAGGCGCCAGAGCCGCCACCGCGAGGCGCUCCUCAGGUCGGCAAGCUGCGCGGAGGUGCAGGGUCAGGAGCCGGAGCAGGUUCCGGAGCUUACGCCGCUGACGCCGACAGCGGACGGGGGCACCGCCUGCUUCUCGCGCAAGAUGCAGGAGGCAAACAAAGUGAGGAGGGGCACCGAGCACAACAUCCACGUGGUGCAGAAUCGCAUUAAGUACAUGCAGCGCGAGGAGGAGAAGAUCUGGCGGGAGCUUGACGGGGCGAAGAGGCAGAUGACCAGAAUCGAGGAGGGCCGCUCGAGGCUGCUCGAGAGGAAGCUGUGCGAAGGCGCCCUGAGGCUGGAGCGGGACUCCACGAUGGAGCGCAACCGCUCCCGCGCCCUGAGCCACAGGGACGAGGCCUCCGAACAGAAGAGGCGGGCCCAGUUCGAGGCGAUGCGCUCCAAGCAGGUCGCGGGCAUGCAGCAGCGCGAGGCGUCGCAGGAGCUACUGCGGAAGAGGCAGCUGGAGGCGGACAAGGCCCGCAGCGCGGCCCGCGACCGCGCCGCGGCAGUCCAGCGGGAGUACGAGCAGGGCCGGCGGCGGCUUGAGAUCGAGCGGCACGAACUAUUUUGGGACCCGAAGCUUGAUGGGAUCUACAAGUUUCUGAAGGACACAAGGUUGCCGCCCAACUCAGUCUGGCAGGGCGGCUACGGCAAGAGUCUGGCGCAGCCUCCUGGGGACAUCAAGGGAGGCAAGGGCCACAGUUUCGGCUACGUCGACCCAGUUGCCAAGGGAGGCAAACCUGCUGGCCAGACCCCUUUGUCGGAGCCCAAGCUGUCCAUGGAAGAGUACCAGCAGAUGGCCACUUUCUGCGAGAAGCUCGGUGACUUGGAAGGGGCUAAGAGGGCUCGCGUUGCGGCUCAGGCUCUGGCGCCCCGCCCUCAGCAUCACGAGCCCCUUCAGGUCCAGCUCUCUCGUGCGCAUGGUCACGCUCGCUCGGUCGAGAAGAAGCUGGAGGCGGCCGUCCUCAAGUUCGAGUCGAUCGAGGAGCAGUUGGAGGCUCAGAAGUCCCAUGUGCUAUCCUUGCGUGAGGAGCUGGCGGCCGCCGAGAAGCAGCACAGCGCCCUCUUCCACCGCCUGCACUCGGAAUACGUCGACGGGCCGUCCGCUGAGAGGGCCAAGCUCACCAUCGACGACAUGCUGGACGACACCAAGUUGGAGGCUUGGCUGGACUUGUCUGCAGAGUCGCUCUUCCAUAUGGGCGAGCUGGAGUUCGAGCUUAGCGAGUCGGACAAGCAGGAGCUGCAGAGCAGGGCGACGCAGCUUCGCGAGGGCAUCACCGCCAUGGCCGCCAACCUGUUCAAAGAGUCGAAGUCCAAGGUGGAGGCCAUCAAGGUGGAACACCAAGCCCACCUGCAGCGCCUCAAAGACGAGAACGAGAAGAAGCGGAAGACCAACGCUGGUGCUGCUGUCACGGUCCCUGCCGCUUCGGGUCCUGUCGUCGGCCCUGGCAAGGGCAACGCAGCACCUGCUGGAGGGGAAGAUGUGCAGGCGGCCAACGCGUGGUGUAUCAAGAGGGGCUGGAAGUCCCUCUGGUCCGAGGCUGAGAAGACCGAGGCCGACACCUCGGCGGGGGCGGCCCUGGACAAGGUUAAAAAACAGGAUUUCUGGGGGGCCCACAAGCUCUUGGGUCCGUUGUACCAGGCGUGGGCGGACCGAGCCGAGUCCGACCUCGUGCCGAUUCUUGGGGCCGAGCUGCUCAAGAAGGGCUGUCGUGGGUCGGGGCCUCAGUUGGUCUGGCGCUCACUCCUCACUGCCGACGGCCGCAGUAAGUACCCAGAGCACCGAGCUAUUCGUUGGCUGGCGGCUCAGUGGCAUGCCUUAGUUCUUGCUCGCCGUGCAGGCGACCUCCGUUUGUCGGAUAAGCUGGGCCUCUUGCUUUGCCAGCCGCCGACGCUCAUCGCGCAGCACAUGGGCUCCAGGACCCAAAUUUUUUAUCGUGCUGCUCGCAUAGCUGGCGCCUCCGACCAGACGAUUGAAGUCAUUGAGGAGUUUGAGCUUGAGUUAAAAGAUGAACUCGAGGCCGCCAACAAGUUCUUCGCCAAGCAGGGAGGCCGCAGCGAGCUCGGGAUAUCGGGCCAGAGCCCGAGCCUGGUUGCAACGAACGUCCCCUCUGCAAGCCCGCGCGUGGUGCGGGCGCCUGGCGAUGAGAACGAGGCCACCGGAGUGGCCUGCCAGGGUGCACACCACCGAGCGCUACCAGACAGCGCGUUUCAGAGGGCCCUGUCGUACACUCCGCGUUGCUCCGCGAGCCGUCCAGACCCGGAACUCCGCGCUCCGCACCACAGCACCAGCCCCGCUCCCAAUAAAGCUGAGCGCGGUCGCGGCGCGGCCAAGUGCAGCGUCCCAGUCGGCCUCGACUCCAGGCAACCGUCCUGGCCCGACGGCUGCGCCACCCAGCCAGCGCGGGGAUCCCCAGCGAGAAGCGCCUAUCGCGCGCCCCUCGUGCGCCCCGCAGGCGAUCCACCGGGGGGCUCUGCGGUGUGGCGGCAGGGUGCCCAGGCCCCUUCGCGUCGUGAGGAGGGCCGGGCCCGCCCGCCAGGGAGCCCCCCAGCGGGGCCGAUGGCUGGGGCCCUGCGGAGGGGUGGCUACCUGGCGCUGGGCGCCGCCGGCGCCGCGGCCGCGGCUGGAGGCCCGCGCCGCGGCGGCGGCGGCAGCGAGCGCAGGUGGUCGACGCCCUGGCAGACCGGCGGGCUCGCGGGCCACGAGCGCCCGGCGGCGCUCUGCUGCGGUGGCGCGACCGCCAAGCCUCGCUUCGUGCGCGAGGGGGACUUCACGCCCAGGACGAUGAUGGAGAUCGCAUCCGAGGUGGACUUCAGGUCCAUGCUCACGGAAGGCAGCUUCCUCUUCGAGGGCGUGGCUGGCAACAUCAUCGAGCGGCUGGGGUUCGGCGACAAAGUCUUCGUCACGAAGGGCACCACCCUGAUAGAGGCGGGGGCCGACAACAGCGAUGUCUUCGUCGUCGGCCACGGCCUACUCUCGGUGUGGGUCGGCGGCGUGAGGGUGGCGUCCGUGGGCCCUGGCCAGGUCAUCGGCUUGUACACGCUGCUGAAGAAGACCCACGCGAGCGCCAGUGUGAGGGUUGAUUCGGAGGUCGCCUACGUGCUGGUGCUCCGCCACAGCUACUUCAUGAGCUGCUUCGAGGGCUCGCUGGAGGUGGUGGAGAGGAUCCGAUGAAGAUGAUGCUGCGGCAGAGGGAGAUGGAGAAUAAGGCUGCGGCGAUGGUGAGCAACGUGCAGUGAUCGACUGCAUGGCAGCGUGCCCAUUUUGUUUUUUUCCUCCGGAGGUGUGGAGGUGGAGGAGGAGGCGGAGGUGCCCUUAGGAGGUGCCCUUAGGAGGUGCCCAGGCCCCUUAUGUUUCAAGUUUUUCAAUGGCGGGCUCGGCCGGAAACUUUUUGCCCCGCGCGAGCGGCGGCGCCCCGCGUGCAGCGGGCACAGCCCCGGCUCCUCAGCGGCCAGCGGAGGGGUGGCAGGGGUCCGCGGUGGAGGCCUUCCGAGGGUCGCCCCCCUGCUUCGAUAGGGGCACGUCCGGGGCUCGUCUGGAUUCC